GUCAUUCGUGCUUUAUCUCCGUCUGCUUGAAGUAUAAUAUUCCAGAAACGUUCUGCGUUUUAAAGUGUACACAUACAUUUCGUAGAUUACGUUUUAAAAGAACAGAAAUGCGCGAAGGAUUCUUAAUUCUUUUGCUUUUACCUGUUAUAGUUCACUCCUGUGACCUCAAGACACAUUAUGCAAAGGAUAACAACCAGUGCUGCAAGAUGUGUCAGCCAGGAACAAGGAUGCACCAAGAUAUGAAUUGCCAGGAUCCCAUAUGUCUAAACUGUGAAGAUGGAGAAUAUCAAGAUGUUUACAACAAGGACACAAAAUGCAAAGAGCAGCCUAUGUGUGACCCUAAUCUAAAUUUUGCGAAACAAACAAAUCCAAGUAAGAAGAAGUUCAUGCAGUGCCAGUGCAUCCCUGACCAUCACUGCUCCACUGAAAACUGUGAUACGUGUGUGAGAAACACAGUGUGUCAAGCAGGGGAGAGCAUCAAGAAAAUGGGCAACCAGACCUCAGACACUGAGUGCGAAAAAUGUCCUGAUGGCACAUUUUCCAACACGCAUUCAGCCAGAACCUGUCAACCAUGGACAGAAUGUGUGUCAGGAUUCAGAGAAAGUGUUCAGGGAUCUUCCACAUAUGACAGAUCCUGUGAGGCUACAACUAAUGUAAAAGCUAUAGUGUGUAGCGUGGUUGCUGGGCUCUUCCUGGUUGUAUUAGGAACGUUACUCUAUUGUUACAGAAGAGGUAAAAGGGGAGCCAUGGAUCUGGAAAAAAAGUUACAGGAGCAAUGUGGGAUUUUCUGCAAAACCCUCAGAAACAAUCAACCUUUCAACGAUGUACCUUUAGAAGACGAAAUGAACCAGAUGCAGGGCAACGAGCCGGAAGAAGACACUGAAGACCAGUUAAAGCAUGGGGUCUCUGCAAAUGGCAUGCCUGUCAGACAAGACAACAGCAAGGCAUCUCUGAUUUCUCAGCCCGAAACUGCAUCUCCAUCGGAAAGCAUCUAGGGAAUGUCUGUGAGACAUGCAUGUAGUCUUGUGUUCCAGGAGCCAGUCAAAAACACAUUUGGGCUUAUCACUUUUAUCAGCAUUGGUCCCCGUUGGGAGGAAAAGGAGCAGUUUGUGCAUGCAUUUAGGAAUAAGGUGCUGCCCCUGUAGCACAGCUUAAACAUGUAAACAUACAUCUUGGCACAGUCAGUUGGGUUAAAGUAUUCAUCGACUUGCAAUACUGAGACAGUCAGCAAUAGUUUCAGUGUGCAUGUCAUGAUUCUGAAUGUUACUUUAGCUCUAAGCGUGAUGUAGUGUGUAUCUUUAAUUGUUUCCACCAGAUGUUCUCAAUCCAGUUCCUGGGAAUCCCAGCAAGACCAGGAUUUUUUUGCCAACUCCUAGCACACCUUAGCCAGAGAGAGUUCUAGCACACCUUAGCCAGAGAGAGUUCUAGCACACCUUAGCCAGAGAGAGUUCUCUCAUGUGUAUGAAGAGCUAAAGCUGCAGAAAAAACCUGAACUGGCAAGGAGUCAUCAAAGACUGGACUGGGAACCUAAGGUCUAUGUUGUAUACUGGUGUUUUAAAGUUUGAAAGAAUUGAGAACAAUUUUGAUCUGUGUUUGCACUACUCUGUGAUGCACAAAGCGGUCCUGUGUUAUAUUUUUUGUGUAUAUUGUUGUAAUUUACAUUAUUUGUGUUAUCAGAAUUGUGCUUGUGUUAUCAGAAUUUUUUUUGUUUUUUUGCUGAGUAAAUAUCUUUAAUUGCUUUAUAGUUCUGAUAUUGGCAAAAAAAAAAAAUUAACUUACAAAAAUAAAGAAUUAUAUAAUCUCUCAUCUCAGGUGAAUAUUCAUAACUGCAUUUACAUGGAUCCAUUAUAGUAGUCCGAGAUGAAUCACGCUGGUGUCUUUACGAGCAGUUUCCUGUUUUCUGUCUGAUGUGUAUUAUCCCAUGACACUGAUGCAGCUGACACCUUUAAUAGUGUGAAACUUCAUGAUUUGAACUGUUAAAUGUAUAUUGGCGUGGGCUGAGGAGUCGUCCACAAGAGGGCGCUGUUGCUAGCCAAAACCUGACAUUCCUGUACCUGUCUAAACGUAAAUUUAGGUUGUCUUCUUGGAGUGGAAUUUAAUUACCGAACUCAUCUGUGGAAACAUUUUGAACUAAUUCCUUUUUUACUAACACUAGUUUGAAUUUGUUCAUUCAACGAAGACAUUUUAAUGUUUGUCUUGAAUAUAAAAUUUCACACUUAAUAAAAUCGAUUGUAUUAAUUA